GCAUGAGCCGCUUCGUGUUAUGGACUCUAAAGUUGCAGAAAUUUUGAACACAUUAAGGAAGUACUUUUCCUGUAUUCCUGACUUCAGAUAUAUGGCAGGACUCAAAGUUAGAAUAUCAUGUAGUUUGAGUUUUGAAUCUAAUACUUUCAAUCGCAUGUUGGGAAUCAAUAACACUGCCACACCCCAGGAAGAGAUAGAUGCACUUCCCGCUAUAUAUGCUACUGUGUUAAAUUUUUCCUCUUCUGCACCAUAUGGAUCAAUUCCAUCAUCUCGUAUACCUUUUCUUCUUGGUGAACCUCACAGUAAAGAUCAUGCAUCUCAAAAUGCCGCCCUUAGUAUAGUUCCUAUUGGAAAUGAUUCUAGAAAAGAAGAAAACUAUAGAGCUACCGUUGUGAUCGAUUUGGAGCCAAGGGAACCGACACCAGGUAUAGUUGAUGUUCACAUUGAAACAAAUGCAGAAAAUGGUCAGAUCAUCCAAGGUCAACUUCAGGGAAUCACAGUAGGCAUAGAAGACAUGUUUCUUGAGGCCAUUGUUCCAUCAGACAUCCAAGAAGACGCAAGACCUCAGUACAACUUUAACUUGUUCACAGCUUUAUGGGAAGCAUGUGGCUCAUCCUCUAGCACCGGGCGGGAAACCUUUCAAUUGAAAGGGGGCAAAGGGAUUGCUGCCAUAAGUGGAACGCAAUCUGUCAAGCUUCUUGACGUCUCUGCGACCUCUUUGAUUCAGGCUACCGAGCGCCAUUUGGCACGCUUUGUUGUAGGUGUGAGCGGGGAGCCACUUAUUGAUGCUGUAUGGGAAGGGGGAAUCAUUCAGAAUGUCAUUUGGGAAGAUACUUCCCGUGAUGCCUCACCAGUUUCAAAUCACAAUUCAGGUCCACUUCGGCUUACAUACAAUAAUGAAGAGUACGAGAAAGGGGCAAUUAUCAAUAGCAGAAAAAUAAACAUGGGUUGUUUCCUUGUUCUAAUAUUUCUUCCACCGCGGUUCCAUCUACUUUUCCAAAUGGAAGUUGGCGAUGUUUCAACUUUGGUUCGUAUUCGCACAGAUCAUUGGCCUAGCUUGGCCUACAUUGAUGAUUAUCUAGAAGCUUUAUAUCUAUCAUAACAGCUCUUGUUUCAUCUACAUUGAUGACUGCAUAAAGAUUACCAAUCCUCAAUCAGCUUGUGAUUAUCUUGUUGUUAUGGUGGAUGAAUCAUGCAUGCAUAUGUACUUGGAUAGUUUCUUUUGGAACAAAAACAAGAGCUAAUAGCCG